AUGGUUUGGAAAUGUGAGUUGAGGAAUUGCAUUAUUGAUGAUCCUGUCCCUAUUUCUCAUAAUUAUUUCCAACCUGGUGAGUUCAUCAUUGGUGCUAUUACUUCUCUUAUGUUCAUGCCUACAGAACUAGAAAACUUCUUGGAAGAUCCCCAUCUUUCAUUUAUUGGUGAAGUCAUAAUCCAGACUAAGUUUUAUCAGCAUAUUUUGGCUUUGGUAUUUGCUGUGAAAGAGAUAAAUGAAAACCCUCAAAUCUUGCCCAAUGUUACCUUGGGCAUCAAUAUUUUUGACAAUUAUGAUAGAAGAUGGAUUUAUCAUGCAACAAUGGAACUUUUUUCACCUCUGAAGAGAAUGGUCCCCAAUUAUAAGUGUGGUUUCCAGAACACUCUAGUUGCAAUCAUUGGAGCCCUUUAUUCUGAAAUCUCUGUUGACAUGGCAGAUAUCUUGAGGUUAUACAAAUUCCCACAGUUAAUCUAUGGAUCACAUCCAGAGAUGCCAGAUCAAAGUGAAUCCUUUUUCUUCUAUCACAUGGUGCCGAAUGAAAAUAUUAUAUACCAAGGAUUUCUUCAGUUGCUUGUUUACUUCAAAUGGACCUGGGUUGGAAUCCUUGUGAGAGAUGAUGAUGCUGAAAUAUUUGUGCGGAUGGUUUUUUCAACUUUUCCUCUUCAUGGCAUUUGCAUUGCCUUUUUAAAAAUAAUUAAACAACUGCACAUCAGUAAUGUAUUUGUGGAAUUGGAGUGGCUCGUGGAAACAUUUUAUCUCACUAUGAACAGUAAUGCCAAUGCAAUAAUUGUCUAUGAAACAACCCUUCUGCAUCUGAGGUUGUUGCUAAAUCUUCCUAAAAUUGAAUCAGUUUCUAUGGAGCCAAAAGGUAAAGUGUGGAUUAUACCCUGUCAAAUGGAUUUUGCAACAGUAAUUUAUCAAAGGACCUGGGAUAUUCAAGACAUCCAUGGUGCCCUGUCCUUUUCAGUUUAUUCCAAUGAAGUUCCAGGAUUUCAGCAAUUUGUUCAGGGAAGAGACCAUUUCUUAUCAAAAGAAGAUGGUUUUAUUAAAGAUGUUUGGAUGCAUGCAUUUCAAUGUGCCUUUUCCAGUUCCUUGGUCAAUGGAAAAGAGAGUGACAUUUGCACUAUGAAGGAGAAAUUGGAGGACCUUCCUGGUGCUCUUUUUGAAAUGAGCAUGACUGGUUAUACUUACAAUAUAUACAAUGCAGUGUAUGUUGUAGCUCAUGCUUUACAUGCCAUGCAUAUGGAACAAAACCACAAGGGAAAGUUGAGUAUUCAGGAGAAAAAGUCAUGGCAGCUCCACCAGUUUCUGAAAGGGGUCUCAUUUAAUAACAAUGCUGGGGAUAGGAUUCAGUUCAAUCAGAGGAGGGAAUUGAUAUCUGGAUUUGAUAUUAUAAACUGGGUCACCUUCCCAAACCAAUCCUUCCAUCGAGUGAAAGUAGGGAAGCUGGAUCCCUGGGUGAAAGAGGAAAAAUUCACUAUUCAUGAUGAAAUCAUCACCUGGCACAAUAGUUUCAACCAGACCCCACCUGUUUCACUCUGUUCUGAGAGCUGCCUCCCUGGUUAUUUCAAAAAAAAGCAGGAGGGGAAGCCAUUUUGCUGCUAUGAUUGCCUUCCAUGCCCUAAAGAGAAAAUUUCAGUUGAAAAAGAUAUGCAUGUUUGUUCAGAAUGUCCAGAGGAUCAACAUCCAAGCAAAGAGAGGGAUUCAUGUCUUGCCAAGAAAAUAUCUUUCUUAUCCUAUGAAGAACCAAUAGGAAUAGGUCUACUUAUUGUGGCACUUCUUUUUUCUUUCUGCACAGUUGGUGUGCUGGCAAUAUUUCUGAAGUAUCACCAUACUCCCAUCAUCAAGGCUAAUAACCGAAAUCUCACCUACAUUCUACUCAUUUCUGUCCUCCUCUGCUUCCUUUGCUCACUGCAGUUUCUCAUUGUACCAGGCAAUAUAAUAUGUCUCCUUCGACAAAUUAGCUUUGGCAUCAUCUUCUCAGUGGCUGUGUCUUCUGUGUUGGCAAAAUCCAUCACUGUGGUUCUGGCUUUCAUGGCCACCAAGCCAGGAUCCAAGGUGAGGAAGUGGGUGGGAAAACGGUUAGCCAUAUCCAUUGUUGUUUCUUGUUCCCUGAUUCAAGCAGCAAUCUGCAUUGUGUGGCUGUUCACAUUCCCCCCUUUUCCCAAUGUUGACAUCCAUUCAAAUAUUGAGGAAAUGAUACUGCAGUGCAAUGAAGGCUCAGAUAUUAUGUUCUACUGUGUCCUGGGCUAUAUGGGCUUACUGGCAGCUGCUAGUUUCACAGUAGCAUUUUUCUCCAGGAAUCUCCCGAGCAGUUUCAAUGAGGCCAAAUGCCUCACAUUCAGUAUGCUGAUCUUUUGCAGUGUGUGGAUCUCCUUUGUUCCAUCUUACCUGAGCACCAAAGGCAAAUACAUGGUGGCUGUGGAGGUUUUCUCCAUUUUGGCUUCCAGUGCUGGGUUGCUGGGCUGCCUAUAUUUCCCCAAAUGUUACAUAAUUAUUGUUAGGCCAGAGCUAAACAAUAGGGAACAACUUAUUAAGCGAAAAAGAUAGUAAUAUGUGCACAAAAUAUUUCUUUUCAACAUUUUUCUUAUUUUAAAUCUAUAAUACAUUAAUCAAAAUAGGAUACUUUUUUUUUUUAAUUUGAUUUAUAUGCCGCCCUUCUCCGG